CGGACCCUCCCGUCUCGUACAUAUCUACACACCCGUCAUUGAAUUCAUACUUUAACCACUCUCGAGCCACGAUGGACGAAUUUGGCGGCGACGACGAAAUUGAGAGUGUACUGUACAUCGGCAGGGAGGUCUCCGUGUUCAAGAUCCCGCCAUUGAAGAAGAACGAGGGUCAUCGUGCGCAGGAAUGGGGAGACCUUGCUGCUCCUCUGUGGAAGGGCAGACUACGCAUCAUUGAGCGGUCGACUGGCGUGUCGAUUCAAUUCGAGGAUCCCAAUACUGGAGAAUUGUUCGCGAAGGCCGACUAUGACCCCGCGAAGCCGUCCGUCGAAGCUGUGCUCGAUUCAUCACGGUACUUUGUCGUACGCGUGGAGGACGACGGGCGAAGAGCUUACAUUGGGAUGGGAUUCCUUGAACGAACAGACAGCUUUGACUUCAACGUGACGCUGCAAGAUUAUACCAAGCGCUGGCGAGCCCGCAUGAAUCCAUCGGAACCAGGCUCAGAAGACUCGCCUUCCCCACACGUUCCCGCAGGCCCGAAGAAAGACUACUCCCUGAAGGAAGGCCAAACCUUCUCGAUCAACAUCCCUGGUCGGACGAAGGCGAACAAUUCGUCGUCGUCGUCGACGACAGCAAAUCUGCUCGGAGACAGCACCGCAUCGCUUUCGUCGUCAUCUGGCGGUCUUGGUGUUCCUCUUCUACCGCCACCGCCCAGUGCACCGAAGAAGUGGUGAUUUGGGAUGGUGAGAACGUAUGUUUCUCGUACACAUGCUCUGUACUAUACCUGUAAGUUUGAGCAGUAAAGGAUAUUCCCGGGACAAUGAAUUUAUCGCUACUUUGCGGAAGGUUCAGGCCGGUAAGCGUGCGAAAGCACGAUUAAUUUCUAUGCGUUGUAACAAUGUGUGCGCUGCUUGUACCGUGGAAGUUGUCUUUAAUUGCGUACUGUUCAUGGAGUUGACUCCCU